AUGAUUUCCCCAAAAUACGCCACUACCCAUUAUUUCUAUUCUGCUACAGAACUUUCUGGUUCAAAAGUUUCUCCCAACAUUGUCAAUGUCUAUUUAGAUUACAAUUGUCCUUUUAGUGCCAAAAUCUUUUUCAAAUUGAAAGAAACGGUAAUUCCAAGUCUUCAAUCAAAACAUCCAAACAAGUUUCAAUUUGUAUUUGUAAACGUGGUUCAACCAUGGCACCCAAACUCUGUAUACCUUCAUGAAUUCUCUUUGGUAGUUGCCAAUCUUUUACGAGAAUUCAAAGAUGAAGUCAAUACUAACAAACUUUUCUGGGAAGUAUCUGAUGUUUUAUUUAAAAAUAAAGAGGAAUUUUACGAUUCCGCCAAUGCUGACUUGAAUAGAAAUGAUAUCUACAAGCAAAUUGCUUCCUUGCCAGGAAUUGAAUCUUUAAAGUUGCCAUUCUCAAAAGAUGCUAUUUUAGAACAGUUACUUAUUAAGGUUCAAAAGGAAAAGGGGAAGCAAAGCAAUGGAGGUAAUGGUGCGACCAAUGACAUCAAAUACUUUACAAAGUAUUUGAGAGGUGUUGGUGUUCAUGUAACACCUACAGUUAGUAUCAAUGGUAUUGUCAACAACGAUGUUUCUAGUGGUAAUGAACCGGAAAGCCUUGUUAAAACAUUUGAAGAUGCUCUGGCAUAA